AUGAGUUCAGGCCUAUGGAGCCAAGAGAAAGUUACUUCACCUUACUGCGAAGAACGGAUUUUUUAUCUGCUUCUUCAAGAAUGCAGUGUAACAGACAAACAGACACAGAAACUCCUAAAAGUACCCAAAGGAAGUAUAGGACAGUACAUCCAAGACCGUUCUGUGGGUCAUUCAAGAGUUCCUUCUGCAAAAGGCAAGAAAAAUCAGAUUGGAUUAAAAAUCUUAGAGCAAUCACACGCAGUUCUAUUUGUUGAUGAAAAGGAUGUUGUAGAAAUCACUGAGAAAUUUACAGAGUUACUGUUGGCAAUUACCAACUGUGAGGAGAGGCUCAGCCUAUUUAGAAACAGAAUUCGACUAACUAAAGGCCUCCAGGUAGAUGUGGGCAGCCCUGUGAAAGUACAGCUGCGAUCUGGGGAAGAGAAAUUUCCAGGAGUUGUGCGCUUCAGAGGACCGUUAUUAGCGGACAGGACAGUGUCGGGGAUUUUCUUUGGAGUAGAAUUGCUGGAAGAACAUCUUGGCCAAGGUUUCACUGAUGGGGUAUAUCAAGAGAAACAGCUUUUUCAGUGUGAUGAAGAUUGUGGCGUGUUUGUGGCAUUGGACAAGCUGGAGCCCAUAGACGAUGAUGACAAUGGAGUGGAAAGUGAUUUUGCAGCCCUAGGGGAUACCAUGCAGGCUGAACCUCCCCCUUUGGAAAAAAACUCCAGAGUAUCUUUGAAGGUCGGAGAAAGUGUUGAAUCUGGAAAAGUAAUAUUCUGUGAUGUUUUGCCAGAAAUAGAGAGUCUAGGAUAUUUUGUUGGUGUGGACAUGGAUAACCCUAUUGGCAACUGGGAUGGAAUGUUUGAUGGAGUACAACUUUGUAGUUUUGCAAGUGUUGAAAGUACAAUUCUUCUGCACAUCAAUGAUAUCAUUCCAGAGAGCAUGACACCGGAAAGGAGGCCUCCCAAACUUGCCUUUAUGUCAAGAGAUGAUGGUGACAAAGGUUCAUCUAGUAUUAAUGAACCAAAGGUUACAGGAUCUACCUCAGACCCUGGAAGUAGAACCAGUUCUGAAUUAUUUUAUACCUUAAGUGGGUCAUCUGUUGACUCACAACAACAAUCCAAAUCCAAAAAUUCAUUGUAUAUAGAUGAAGUUGCAGAAGAUCCUGCAAAGUCACUUACAGAGCUGUCUCCAGACUUUGGACAUUCAUCACCUCCACCACAACCUCCUUCCAUGAACUCCUUAUCCAGCGAGAACAGAUUGCACUCUCUACCGUUCAGCCUGACCAAGAUGCCCAAUACUAACGGCAGCAUUGCUCACAGCCCACUGUCAUUGUCAGUGCAGUGUGUGAUGGGCGAGCUGAACAGCUUGCCUGUCCAGAAGAGUCCACCUUUGCCCAUCUCUUCUGGUAAUGCAUACGGCCUAGAGGUGGGCUCACUGGCUGAAGUGAAAAAGAAUCCCCCGUUCUAUGGGGUUAUCCGUUGGAUUGGCCAGCCGCCUGGGCUCAGUGACGUGCUAGCUGGGCUGGAACUGGAGGAUGAAUGUGCGGGCUGUACAGAUGGCACGUUCAGGGGCACGCGCUAUUUCACCUGCGACGUGAAGAAGGCUCUGUUUGUGAAAUUGAAGAGCUGCAGACCGGACUCUAGGUUUGAUUUUCUGGAGCCUGUUUAUAAUCAGAUUGAAAGGUGUAAUUCUUUAGUAUUUGGAGGCUACUUAAGUGAAGUAGUAGAAGAAAAUACUCCACCAAAGAUGGAAAAAGAAGGUUUAGAGAUAAUGGUUGGAAAGAAGAAAGGCAUCCAGGGCUAUUACAAUUCUUGUUACUUGGACUCAACUUUAUUCAGCUUAUUUGCUUUUAGUUCUGUCCUGGAUACUGUGUUGCUGAGACCCAAAGGAAAGAAUGAUAUUGAGUAUUAUAGUGAGACCCAGGAGCUACUGAGGACAGCAAUAGUCAAUCCUCUGAGAAUAUAUGGAUAUGUGUGUGCCACAAAAAUUAUGAAACUGAGGAAAAUACUUGAAAAAGUUCCUGCUGCAUCAGGAUUUACCUCUGAAGAAAAAGAUCCUGAGGAAUUUCUAAAUAUCCUGUUUCAUGAUAUUUUAAGGGUUGAGCCAUUGUUAAAAAUAAGAUCAGCAGGUCAGAAAGUCCAAGACUGCGACUUCUAUCAGAUCUUUGUGGAAAAAAAUGAGAAAGUUGGAGUUCCUACAACUCAACAGUUACUAGAAUGGUCUUUUUUCAACAGUAACCUGAAAUUUGCAGAGGCACCAUCAUGCUUGAUUAUUCAGAUGCCUCGGUUUGGAAAAGACUUCAAAAUGUUCAAAAAAAUUUUCCCUUCUCUAGAAUUAAAUAUAACGGAUUUGCUUGAAGACACUCCCAGGGAGUGUCGCAUCUGUGGAGGACUUGCGAUGUUCGAAUGUAGAGAUUGCUAUGAAGACCCCGACAUCACAGCAGGGAAGAUCAAGCAGUUCUGUAAGACCUGCUGCACUCAGGUUCACCUCCAUCCGAAGAGAAUGAAUCAUACCUAUCACCCAGUAUCACUUCCCAAAGACUUGCCUGACUGGGACUGGAGACACGGAUGCAUCCCCUGCCAGAAGAUGGAGUUAUUUGCUGUUCUCUGCAUAGAAACGAGCCACUAUGUUGCUUUUGUGAAGUAUGGGAAGGAUGAUUCAGCCUGGCUCUUCUUUGACAGCAUGGCUGAUCGAGAUGGGGGUGAAAAUGGCUUCAACAUCCCACAAGUGACACCCUGCCCCGAAGUGGGAGAGUACUUGAAGAUGUCUCUGGAGGAGCUACACUCCUUGGAUUCCAGAAGGAUUCGAGGCUGUGCACGCAGACUUCUUUGUGAUGCGUACAUGUGCAUGUACCAGAGUCCAACCAUGAGCUUGUACAAAUAACAUGUCAUCAGAAAGGGGCAGAGGCCAAGCACAAAG